CAGGGGUAUUCUGGUAAAAAAGACAAACAGUACUCAAUAGGCCAAACCCUCCUCACCUCCCCGACUUGUGUCGCAUAUCAUAUCAACAAAAAUGAAAGCAGAAAACCCUAGAAAACCAAUUGGAUCCCAAUAAAUUCGAUUUAUGUGUAAAUUGCGGUCUACAAUCUUGGAUCUCAUCUCCUCUCAAUUCUUCUUCAUUCCUGCUGCUCAUUUCUCUUGUUUCGCCUCUGCUUUCAUCCGCCUCUUUCCACAUUCAACCCUCCUCUCUUGGCUGCUGCAAAAGUACAAGUUUUGGAACUUAAGAUGUCAUCAUAUCCUGUUUUGUACAACAAACCAAUUGAUCAAUGGAAAGUCACUGAGCUGAAAGAUGAACUGAGGAAGCGGAAAUUGCCAAUUAAGGGGUUGAAGGAUGAUUUGAUAAGGCGUUUGGAUGAAUCACUUCAGCAGGAAAUUGAAAUUACCAACGCAAGUGCUGACCAAGGUUUUGCUUCUCAACCUAAACCUGAUAUCCAGUAUCAAGGUGCCACAACAGUUCCAGGAUUUGAUGGAAAAAAUAGCGCCACCACUAAUAAGAGUGAGAACAAGAAUGCAGAACUGGAUGUUGAUGUCAAUAUGGGGUCAAGCAUUCAGGAACAAUUUGUGGGAGGAGAUACCAAGGCAUCAGAACCUGUCAUGGUACCUGAAACUACGGCGGAUUUCGAUGUUCAGGGAGCAACUUUAGACUCGAGUGUUCAGGCAAAUAGUAUAAAAACCAGUGAUGAUGUGACCACAGUGGGAACCGUUCAGGAAGUAAUCACAGUGGAAGCUGUUCAGGAAGUAACCACAGUGGAAGCUGUUCCGGAAGUAACAACAGUGGGAUUCAGUCCACUGGUUGGUGUUACUGGAUUAUAUUUGAGUGAGCAGGAGUUGCUGAACAACGGAGCUCAGAACAUAAGUGAGGAUGUGAACAUCCAGCCGCUGAACCAGAACUUGAACCCUCCACACGAGGAGGCCAAACUUAAUUCAUCUGAACUUGAAACCCAGGUAUCUGAGGUCACCGAAGCAAAAGAUAAUUCUAAUUCUAUUCAUAAUGUCCCUGUUGCUGAGAGAAUUGAGGAUCUGAACAUCCAGCCACAGAACGAGGAUUCAAAUCCUCUACAUGAUGCCAAUCUCAAUUCCUUUGCUCCUGAAUCCCAGGUAUUUGAGGUCAGCAAAGUAACAUCUGAUUCUAUUUCUACUGAUAAUGUUAAAAUUAAUGAACAAAUAGAAUUUAAGGAUAAUAUAAUUGCUGAUGAUGUCAAAUUAGACUUUGAUGUUAAGCAUGAUAGGGAAGAGCCAUCAUCGGGCAAUAUUGACCUGGGUGAUGGCAAUUUACAACCAAUGGAUGUUAAAGAACACCAAGAAAAUGAAGUUAAAGUUGAAGAGACUGCAAAUAGAGCUGAAAAUCCAGACAUAGCCAAGAAUGAUGGUGGAGAUGUUGAGUUCUUAGAGAAGUUAAACUUGGACAGAAGUUCUGGUGACGAUUCAAUAGAGGAGGAUCCAUUAGAAAGUAAGCAGAUAGAGUCAAAAUCUUUAUCUGAUGUAGCAGGAGAUAAGAGGGAGAAAGUGGAGGUGACCGUAGUGAGACAAGAUUUUCCAAUUGAUGCCAUGGUGGUUGAAUCUGUUCCUGAUGGAAUAGCUGAAAAUAAGAAUGUUACUGCUGUUGCUUCCAUGAAACGAAAGCCUCAAGACCAAGAAACAGUUGGGAACUUUGAUACUACAAAAAGGCAGCGCAGGUGGAACUCUGAAGGCCUUAAAGCUGUCGAACCAAUUAGUGACAAUGUAUCACCAUCUAUAACACCUAAGGGCACAUUCCAGUCAAAUGCGAAACGUAAUUUUUCUAGAUCUGAUUCUAUGUCCAGUGUGGAAACACCCAAAGAACGGACUGUUCCCCCAUCAUUGAAGCCACCGACAAGUGCUCUUAGGAUUGAUCGAUUUUUGCGUCCUUUCACUUUGAAAGCUGUGCAAGAACUUCUUGGGAAAACAGGCAAAGUGACCAACUUCUGGAUGGAUCAUAUUAAAACUCACUGCUAUGUCAGUUACUCAGCCAUUGAGGAAGCUGUAGAGACCCGAAAUGCUGUAUACAACUUGCAAUGGCCAGCAAAUGGAGGCCGUCUUCUGGUUGCUGAGUUUGUUGAACCCCAGGAAGUGCAAAUGCGAAUAGAGGCUCCUCCUCCUAUAGUAGCUCCUGUUCUACCUGCUGUUCCUGUUCCCAUGCAGUCACAGCCUUCUCCUCGUGUACCGGUGCAGAGACAGGUGCCUCAAGCUCAGCCGCAUUUUCCGGUUUCUCUCCCUCAGCUAGCACCAGCGCCAGUGUCUAAUCCACCAGCAGCAAGGGAACGGGCUCUUCCACCCCCACCCCCACCCCCGGAAAGAGUUGAGCCACCAAUCGUCACGUUGGACGAUCUCUUUAGGAAAACCAAGGCAACUCCUCGCAUCUAUUACCUACCAUUGUCCGAUGAACAAGUGAAUGCCAAGCAAAGUGCAGAAGGAAAACCACCGAGCAGUAGAGCUUAGGCUUUUCCACAAGAAGCUGCUCUCGCAUGUCCUGAAAUUAGUGAUAAACUAUUGUCAUAUAAUUACCUCUUUGCAGGUAUGCAGGUAUUGCUCUUAGAAAGAAACUCUGUAGGAGCUGAAUUUCAUGGAUUUUCUUUUUCUUUGAGAGGCUGAACCUUUUAAUUUUAGUUCUGGACUUGUUAAAGUUACAUUCCUAUUUCAUAAUAGAUCGAACCUAGUAUUUAUUUGUUUGGUCCCUCAAAAGAUACCAUGGACACAGUAUUUUGAUGGGGGCUAAGUCGGAAAGUGCCAAUUUGAACCUACUUGAUACUUAUUUUAUGUGACUAGUUUAUUGAGGUU